AUGUCCUGGGAGUCUAACCAGCGGCGGAUUCUCCGCUCCGUCAACGGAAAAUAUCUCUUUGGUCGCAUCCCGAUCCUCCACACCGUCGUCUUUCUGAUCGAGAUGGCCUUGGUUGCGAGAUUGAUCGCGAGAUUCAACUCUUACUAUGAAGAACGACCGCUCAUGACCAUGAUGGUAACAAACGCCGUCCUCGGCGGCAUUGCCGACACGGUCGCCCAGAGCGUCACAGCCAUUCGCUGUCGCGGCGCCCAAAAAACCAUUGGCUUGACAAAGGAGGACCAGUUCUCGAUCGAGAUCCACGAGCUCGGCAGAAAGAGCGCAGACUUUGAGCGGGACUUUGUUCCCAACCACAAGGCGCUGCCGCCGUCGUUCGACCUCGAGCGCCUGACCCGGUUCAUGGCCUACGGUUUCUGCGUCGCCCCUCUGCAGUUCAAGUGGUUCCGCUUCCUCGAGCGAGCGUUCCCCAUGACAAAAGCCAGCGCCUUCGGCCCGGCCAUGAAGCGAGUCGUCCUCGAUCAGCUGGUGUACGCACCGUUCGGCGUGGGCCUUUUCUUCGUCGCCAUGACUGUGGCGGAGGGAGGUGGACGCCGAGCAGUCACCCACAAGCUCCGGGACAUGUAUGUGCCUACUCUCAAGGCCAACUAUGUCGUCUGGCCAGCUGUGCAAAUUGUCAACUUUCGCCUCAUGCCGGUUCAGUUCCAGCUGCCUUUUGUCUCAACCAUCGGUAUCGCCUGGACGGCGUACUUGUCGCUUACGAACGCUUCGGGCUAG